UUCGCAAUAUCUGAAUCUCAAAGGUUAUAGUUAAAAUGAAGAUAUUUGAUAGCAGUUUGAGUCCAUGGUUUAACCCUAUUUCCAUUUUUAAGUAAUCCUGUUAUGAUAUUAGUAUCAUACCUAACCACACACACCCUUGGACUCACACAAAUUGUUGUGCAUGAUCACAUGCUUGGUUAGUCAAAAUGAACACCAGAAACCCGCAUGAGAUAAGACAUGCACAGCAAGGAAGGACUAACCGCGGAAAACUUCAUAUAAAAGACUGAAGAAAAACUUCUGACAAAGAUCGAAUACCUGCUGCUGAUCAAGUCAGAUUAUUUGCUUUCUGUAGCAAAACUGACAGAUUUCAUUAUAUCUGCGGAGAGUUCAUCACUAGUUGUUAGUUUUUAUAAUGGAAGCGGUAAGUGGGAUUAUUUUAUUCUUGAUGGCUGUUGGAGUUUAUAUUGUUUGUUCGGUUUACCUGCUACGCAAUCCACUUAUACUUCAUAAGAAGAAACGGCUGGAAUUUUACUGCAGACACAUUUCACACAGAGGAGGCAAUGGAGAGAAGAUAGAAAGCACAAUAGAGGGAUUUACCAAUGCUGUUAACAUGGGGACUGAGAUGUUGGAGAUGGACUGUCACCUCACUCUGGAUGGAUAUGUUGUGGUUUCACAUGAUGAAAACAUUUUGAGACAAACAGGAAAUGAUAAAACACUGUCAUCGCUUAGAUUUAAGGAUUUGCCUCUUUAUAAAGAGAAAAUUGAAGUCACGUUCUAUGUUGGACACUACAGUUCAGGAAAGGACAGAAGGUUUGCAUUACUUGAAGAUGUCUUCAAAAAAUUUCCUAACAUGCCAAUGAUACUUGAAAUCAAAGAAGACAAUGGAUUGCUUAUUAAAAAGAACCCACACAUGCCCUACAUGUUUACUAUAUGGCGUGGAGCAGUGCUUUUAUUGCUCUUUUAUACCGGCCUCCUCCCCUUUGUGCCUCUGGGUGAAAGUCUACUGCUGUUCUACCUGCCCAGAAUUAUCAACAGGACUUAUAUUCCAGAGGAAGCCAUUCUUAAGAAAAGAUUUGUAGUGUAUUUACUUCAGAAGUUGACUAUGCGGAAAUCUUUGUUGGAGCACUUAGUCAAGAGGGGUAUACAGGUGCAGCUGCUUGUGUGCAAUGAGGAGAGUGACAUGGCAGCUGCGUUUUCAAUGGGAGCCACAGGUGUUAUGACUGACUAUCCCACCCUGCUAUCAAACUACUUGGAAAAACACCCUCCCCCUCUACCUCCUACUGUUUAUUAG